CGACAGCUCCACUCUGCCUUGUCCCAAGGCACUGAGUGUGGGGCUGUGGACCGCAGGCUGAUGGGAUGAGCUGCCCCACUGACUGGGUGAGGAGAGGGGGCUCCAACAGAGGGUGGAUGGUGGCUUAGGGGAUCACCAGGUUCCACUGCAGCUGUUCCAUGGGCUGUGACAGUGCCCUCACUGCUACAGAACAGUGGGACAAGGUGAAUGGUGUCAGGGUUCCAGCACUGGGUGCAGAGUCCCCACAGGGUCAGGGUGUGCUCAGUGCAGGGCUGUGCAUCCUGGGAGGCUGUGGGAAGGGUGGGGAGUAGGGCUGAAGCUGGGGCUGGGACAGGGCUGCCACCACCAGCACUGCUGCCCCGUGGGGAUGUGUGUCCGUGCUCACCCUACACCAGGAGUGAGCAGACACAACCCAGCUCACACAGCACAUCCCAACCAGGGGCUUCGAGUGGAGCUGGUAGGAUCGUGGUGGUUCACCUCACCCCCGCAGGGCCUUGAGCCCCAGCCCCCUCGGUCUCACUGUGGCAGCCCCAUGCAGCUGGACAGAGCCAUCCCCUUGGUGCUGGCAUCAGCUGGGUUCUGGGGGCUGCCAGCAUGGCCCUUAUGGAGAGGAUGCACCAUCUAUCCUUCCUCCCUCGCCUUCACUCCUGCCCUGGGCUGGCCUGGGCUUUGGGGCUACUCUAGGCAGGUGAGUACAACCCGAAGCAUAGAGGAGCUGAAUCCUGCUCCUGUGCACUCAUCUGGGGAUGGGGCCAUAGAGCCCAUCCAGCUGCUGGCACUCGCCUGAGGGUGAGGAAUGGGAAGGGGUUGUGGCUGCAGCCCCCAGCAGCGCUUGGUAGAGCAGCACAGGGCUGGGGCCAGGUGAUGGAACCAUGCAUGGAUGGCACCAGGGCCUCAGGGGGACCUCAAGCCUUGUGUGGGCUUGGCCCAGGCUCUCUCCAGUGUGUGGAGUGGGUGCUGUGGGUGGCAGGGUUUUGCAGUCCGGAAGCACUGAGCCUCUUGCAGCUCUGUCUGAGGGUACAGGAGGCUCUGGGGUGUCAGCAGUGAGUGAGCUGCAAGCAUGGCAUGAGCCACGUGGCGUGAGCCACUUGUCCCCAGGAGUAGCUGCCCCAUGGCAUGGGGCUGCCAAGGCUUGGGGGCCUGAGCCCAGCCCCUGCUGAGGGCUGUGCCCUGCCGCUGUGGGAAGCGGUGCCGAGUGCCAGCCUUCACGCCAGAUCAUGUCACGGGGCCAUGGCACUGUGUGCUGCCUUGCUGCGAGCAGGGCUGUGCCCCACUGCCCCUGUGCCACCUGGUGUGGGACACACCGUGCAAGGGGCCAGACUGAGCCUCUGUCCCCAGAUCUGCCCAACACUGGCACCGUGGAAGGAGCCCAAUCUGGGCCUAGCUGGGCACCUGCACCAGCGUCGGUUCUGGGUGUUGGCUUGGCUGCAGUUGGGGUUAGGGGGUCUGCACUCGGGGGUCUGCUGGCAGUGGUGUGGUGCACUCGGGCGUCUGCCAGCAGCAGUGUGAAGCACUCGGUGGUCUGCUGGCAGUGUUGUGGUGCACUCAGGGGUCUGCCAGCAGCAUGUGGUGCACUCAGGGGGGCUGCCAGCAGUGAUGUGAAGCACCAGCAGCCACCUCACCGUUUGGCAGCGGCGCAGGUGCCCCAUCGGAACACCCUGCAUCGAGCACGCCGCUGCCGACUCCGGUGUCUCCGCUCUAUGACUCACAGGACUUGGCCGGUGCUGCCGCUGCGCUUCGGGGUCUGCAGCUCCUGCACCUCGGCACCACCCACUCUGCCCGGGGCACGGGGCCACAGACAGGCCGGGGGUCCCCCACCCAUGGCCGUCCUGUCCCGGAGUUGCCGGUGCCCGGGGUGUCCCCCCCACGCCCAGGGAUCCCCCCGCACGCCCAGGGAUCCCCCCCACACCCAGGGAUCCCCCCUGCCGCCGCCCACGUUCCCCGCUCAGGACGCCGCUGCUCGAGGCGGCCGCUCGGCCCGGUAACGCGGGGGUCCGUCGACGGGGAGCCACGGCUUAGCCCAAUACAGCUCACCGGUACAGCUCACCGGGAGCUCACCGGUACAGCUCACCGGGAACUCACCGGUACAGCUCACCGGGAACUCACCGGUACAGCUCAACGGCGCGUCCCGGCCGUUCAGCACCGCGGACAGCGGCGGAGAACGGGGCUGGCGGGGGGCAGCAGAGCCGGGAGAGGAAGCGAGGGAACCGGAGGGCCGGGGGAGCGGGGGACAACAUGACCCAAGGCACCUGCUGGCACCGGUGGCGGGACCGCCGAGCCCCUUUGGCGGGCGCCGGAACGGAACCGGAGCGGCGGCCCCCGAGAGCGGGGAGAGCACGGUCUGCCCCGCCGCCGGGGACCCGCUCCCCGCCGCCCCGGUGCCCCCCGCUCCCGCCCCCCGCUCCCGCCCCCCGCCGCCCCGUGCGUGCCCGGCGCUGACGUCAGCCCGGGCUCGGGGCCGAUAUAACCCCCGGACGCGCCGCCGGCUCAGCUCCCGCGGGACGGACCGCGCUCGCUCCGCCGCCAGCACCGGCAGCAACAGGGGACGGGCACAGCGCACCGGGUUCGGAGGGACCGAGGAUGCGGCGGGCGCUGCUCACUCUCCUGCUGCUGCUCGCCCGCUCGCCGCCCGUCGCCGCCCUCCCCGCCGCCACCGACGGCUCCGUCCCGGCGGCCGCGGCCGGGAUCGGGGCUCGGGGCCGCCCGCUCUGGCCGCCGCUGGCGCCGCCGGCCCCGGGGCAGUGGAGAGGGCGGCGGGACGAGCCGCCGCUUUCCAUCGACCUCACCUUCCACCUCCUACGGCACCUCCUGCUCCUCGCCCGCGCCCAGAGCCAGCGCGCCCGCGCCGACUCCAACCGCCGCAUCCUCGACGCCGUGGGACGCUGACCCCCGCCGGGAACCCCCGUAACCCCGGGUCUGCACCGGCCUCCGGCCACCGCCUCGGCCUCUGCGCUGUGGGGCGCCCGGCCCCUCACCGGCAAACGCACCGGCACCGAC